AUGGCGACCAAACAAGAUGGCAUGAGCAUGACUGAUUCUAUGGCAGACGAUAUUGUAAUCAUCCCCGAGGACGGAGGAAUGACGUCAAGCUUUGGAAAAAAAGAUCAAUUUGAGACCCCUGAAAAAUCAAUCACCUCAGAGUCGGAUGCUCAUGUUCAAUGCAGUCCUGUUAUAAAUAAACAAAAUAUGGAGAUCGAACUGCUAGGAAAAAGCAGUGCAGGUGAAAAACGUGAUGGUGAGAACUGUAAUUCUAGUUGGGACUACCAAAUUCUAACUGAUCAUGAUGUAAAGUCGCAACAUGGCUUCAUUUAUUCUUUUUUUAUAUCGUUCACGUCAUUUCGUGAAUAUAUAGGAUCAACGUUGCGAUUUUAGAUCGCCUCUGGACUUGAGUGUCAAACGAGGAUGAGAGUUGAUAAGCUAGGGUUGCAACUCUCGCUCGCAUUUUCCCGCCAACUUUCAUCAACUUUUAGUGUCUUCAAAUUUAGAUGAGAGUUGGUGAGAAUUUUCGCUACGCAUGCAUAGUAUAUAUUGUCCAAUCAACUCUCAUCAAUGGACCAAUCCCCAGUUAACCAAAGUUUAGAAUUCACCAAGUCUAGACAAAAUUUCAUCAAAAUAUGAAAGAGCAUCACAAAAUUAGUAAUAUUCUAAAGUUUCGUUGUGAAAUGUUGUAACAUACGGAUAAUAUAGCCUUGUGAAAUUUGCAAUUUUCAGUCAUUGUAUAUAUAUUACUGACGAGCGGGAAACGGUUACCACUUUUCCAAAAUUUUGAACUCAACAAGCCUAAACAAAAAUUUUAUCACAGCUUGAAAGAGCAUCACAAAAUUAGUAAUAUUCCAAAUUUUCGUUUUAAAAUGUUGUAAAAUGCGGAUAAUAUAGCUUUGCGAAAUUUGUAAUUUUCAGUCAUUUAGUAUUACGCACGGAAGUGGUAACCAUUUCCCGUUUGUAAUCUAAAAUGACUGAAAAUUGCAACUUCGCAAGGCUAUAUUAUCCAUAUUUUACAACAUUUUAAAACGAAACUUUGGGAAUAUUACUAAUUUUGUGAUGCUCUUUCAAGCUGUGAUGAAAUUUGUGUCUAAACUUGUUGAGUUCAAAAUUUUGGUUAAUUGGGGAUUGGUCCAUUCACACACAAUUCUUGUUCUCAUUUGAUUGUGGUACGAGAGUUGAGAAAACUCUCAUGGAAAUUCUUUCUUCUGAACUUUCAUCAACUUUCAUCCUUGUUUAACUGGGGCCUUAAACAUUGUAUAUCUGACUUGGAAUCGUUUAAUUUCUUUUGCGCGAAUCUGCGUUGAAAGAAAAUUAUUUAAACAUAAUAUUUAGAUUAGGUCUACUCUCUGAUUGUAACUGAACAUAACUUGUCAAGUAAAUGCAUAUAAGUAUAUAUUUACAAGCACGUUAUCUACUCUCUUUCGCAGAAUCUAAACCAAGUGAAUUUGAUAAAAAUUCCAAUGAAACUGAAAAUACUGAUAAAGCAGCGCCUGCACACGCUGAUGAUGUAAAUCAUCCCAACAAUACUGAAGAGCACGAGAAAGAGGUAUUUAAUUUAAUGUCACGAUGAUGUUUAUACUCUUACUCUAUUGUUACCCUGUCAGAAGAUUUUAUAGUAGUAUUUCACUAGUUAAUUCAUUGAAAACCUGAUGAAGUUGAUGUAAUGUAAUAAUAAUGUAAAGACCAAUAAUUAUCACUUAUUUACUGAGACCGAGGGAAACAGUUACAGUGUGUUUUGUGGACCCAGCCAAGACGGGCCACAAAACACACCGCUUUUCCGAGGUCUCAGUAAAUAAGUGUUUUGCUAUAUAAGUGGCAAAGUAUGAAUAAUUCUCCGGUUAUUGGAGUGAACCUAAUUUGAAACCAAAACUGGAUAAAUGGAACGCCGUAAAUGUUUAGUAAAAGUUUUAAAAAUGAACUUUGGAACUUCAUGGUUGAAACAGAAAAAACUUGAACUUUGACACUAACUAUAUAACAAUACUUUUUUAUUAUGCAUGCAUAUUAAAAUCGAAAACCCUAAAAUUAUUUCAUUUAAAAAUACAUUUAAAUUGUUGGUUAUCUUUGUGAAAUUUAUAAAUAAUUGUUGGGGGUAAAUACUAAUCACGGCAAGCCAUUUGAACGACAUGUGUAGCACUUGUAAGCUAAAUUAUUACUUAUUUGCCGAUAAAGAGGUCGGCUAUUUUUCAACUAGCAAAACUGGAACGCUCAUAUAGUUAUCUACUGAUUGCACUGCAGGAACUUUAUGACCGACCAUGAUGCCACAGUAACUUGAAUAAUUUCUUUUUCAUUCUUACAAACUAAAACCCUGUCUCGUACUAGUUAGUCUCUUAUGUGCAUGCAAAGGUGCUAAUGUUUUUCAUAAAUCAAUGUGUACCAACUAAGAUUUAAAAUUAUAAAAUAACAUGUAUAUAACGCGUGCUCUGAUUGGUCGAAACCUAUGUUUGGAUCAGGCUAUCCAGACAGGGAAAUUUAAAGUGAAAGUUUUUUAAAGUCAAAUUUUAACACGGAAAGUUGUUAUUUUACAAAACAUUACUUUUAAUUAUGGUUUCCGUGUUUGGAUGGCCUGAUCCAAACACUUGGGAAUGUUGUUCGACUUUAAAAAAGCGCGCAAAAUCACUCGCCUUCGGCUCGUGUUUUUUGCGCUUUCUUUAACUCUCGCAACAUUCCCGCGUGUAAUUGUAUAUUACUCUCGUAAAACACAAUGAGAAGGGUGGGGGAAGUGUUAUAAAAAUACUGAUGAGCAUUGUUAAAUGGCUUCAAAAUUUAACUGUAUUGUCAGUCAGUCUGAAAAUUUUAUCUGUAGUGCUCCGGUCCAACCAUGAUGGCAGAGGCGAUGAAAUUGAUAUACUGGUGGCGAUAAUGCAAAUGCAUAUGAUUUGUGUAUUCAUUUCUAAAUUAAAACCCUUAAACUAAUGAUAAGCCUUGAUCAAUUAAUUAUUAAAAUUUAAAAUUAUUAAAUUUAAAAUAAAAAAAUAUUAUUUAUUAAAUUAUCUCUUUUUAACAAGGAAACAAAGGAUGAAAGAGAAAAGAAGGUGGAACAACUCGACCAUACUGAAGAAUUAGAACCCGUAAACACACUAGGUAAAUACUUACUUUCUGGUGGCUUAAUUAAACAAAUGCGUGUAUCAGUACAGUACAGUACAGUACAGUACAGUCAAGGGCAAUUAGCAAAAUAUAGUUCAAGCACUUUUCGCGCAAUAUAUCUUCUGGCAUCACAUUUUCAUAAAUAACAUAAUUAUACCAAUUUCGAAGAAAACCAGCUAUAUAUAUAUAUAUAUAUAUUACCUGUAUUUCUUGGUAGAAAUAAAAUUGUAUGUAGUUUUGUGGAACGUACUGUACGUACGUUUGCUUCUCUUACAAUAUUCAAUAACUUCAAAAUAUAUAUAUAGCUGGUCAAUAUAUGCUUUUCGUGUGUUCUGGGCCAAGAUGAUUUAACUAAACAAUUUAGCUAGAUGGUAUAUUCUGGUGCGAAAAUAUACGGAAAAUAUUUCUGGGACAGAUAGACCGAAGCAAGUCUACGCCGAGAUCAUGCUCAUAAGAUAAAGGCAAAUUUUAAAAAUAAAUUCACGAAUAGUCUGUAAGGACAGCUGCGUAUUGAGAGAGAUACAAGGGAGUUUACGAAUGUGAGACGGCGACGUCUUGACGACGGCUAUCAAUACAAUGACAUUAAUCAUAUAGUACAAAAGAAUGGCAUGAAAAAUUAAAAGUCUAAUAGGGGUUUUAGACGUCGUCCAAGCUUUGUUGACAACUGCAAAAUGCAUAUUUUCACGUCUUGCAUGUAUAGUACGCUAGCAUUGCACGCCGUGACAGGUAAUUUUUCUAGCAGAGUUGAUCAAAAUUGCUGCAAAGGUCGUGGGAAUCUAUUUUAAAUUGAUACAAAAAUACAAGACAAGACUUUUAUACAAUCAUUUAUUUCAAAAAGUUUGUUUAGCCGUCGUCCCGACGUCGCGCUGUCUUACAUUCGUAAACUCCCUACAACUAUCUACCUGCCGACUUUUCGAGCAACGUAGUGGCGGCCAUAAAAAUGUUGACAAUGCAUUUAAUUAUUAAACAUUUUUUCUACUUUCCUUCACAGAUUCUGGACAAAGCGAAGGUGAUGACAAUGAAAGCAAUACUGAUACGGAAGAUGAAUAUCAAGAUGAGGUAUUUUAUGUCAUUGUGUAUGGUGACUUGUCUAAUUCUCUGGACAUCAGAGAAUUUUAACCUGUACUGUUCUGGUCCUACCAUGAUUGCAGAGGUGACGAAGGUAUAUACCGUAGCAAUGAUGCAAACGCGAAUAAUUUCAUUUUAUACAAUAAUAUCAUUAAUUAUUACAAUUUAAAAUGAAUAAAUUCAAAAAUUAUUGAAUUCUUAUUUUUAUUAUUAUCUCCUUUCCAAAAGCAAGAGAACGAUGAAAGAAAUAGAGAGUUGGAGCAACGCAAUGACGCAGAAGAAUUACAUAACAGAGGUAACUAAUCUAAGCCAACGAAUUAAGUGAUAUGUAUCAUGCAUAAAUUAAAAAGUGGGCUAAUUAUUACUCUGCCCCGCGGAGCAAGACUAAUUAUUCAUCCAAUUUUCAUCUACAUUUUACCAAAAUUUAAUAAAUUUAUCCUUGAGCAACAAUGUCCUUUAGUUUUUGAAAUUUUCGUAUUUAUCGUUAUUCAUUUUGAAAUCAUGCUCGAUUCGAGCAAUCUGAUUGGCUAAGAAUAGUACGAUUACAGCCCAAAUCGGGUUAUUUUAACACCGCAGACGCCUGCGCAUGCGUGGGCCAAAAAAGAUGGCGUGGGAUUUAAAUGCCAAAACUUAAACAAAAACAUGGCUAUUGACAAACAAAAAAUACACUAGACCGGCAGUUUAGACAUUAAUAAAAAGUUUUCAGUAAAUCAUUACACUUAAAUAAAUUAUAGUCAACGCAGAAAUUAUACAUGCUACGCAAAAAAAGUUAGUGACAAAAAUGUGGAACCAUAUGAAUUUACGAAAAAUAUUUUUGUAUGGUUCAGUUAAAGAACGUUUUAUACAAUAAAUUUAUCGACAGUCACAUUUGGUUUAUUUUCAUUUCUUGCAUAAUACAACUUCUUGCACAUUUAGACUAUAAUUACCACUAGUUUUUAGGUUGUCAUGCACGUUCAUUAUCAGCCCCAGCUUUACCUGAUUCGCUUCAUUCGGGUCUGUAAUGACUGUAGAGCUAACCCGCAUGGAACGUGAGCUGCGCCUGCUUGGGGCAAAUGGUUGGGCUCGUCGUUGCACUCGCGUGCUUGGUCUUUUUGCCGGCAUGAUUUCUAAAUAGAAUAAAACUUUUGGCGAGACAACAAGCUGAUGUACCGAGGGAAAUUAACAACAAAGUCGGUUAAAGUGAAACUGACUAAAUGUAACUAUACUCUUGUACAACCCACCGAAUUGUGGAGAUUAGUCGAACAUAAGUGACAUCCAAGAUGACAAUGAAUAACAGCAGAAUACCAUGGCUUACCAUACUGGUAGCCGGUUUGAUAUCCGUUAUUAAGCUACGGAUGGAACGGGCAAUCAAAUAAAAACACAGGCUGUGCAAAAAAACCCAUAUAUUGAACUAAACAUUAAAGGAAGCGGUAUAUACCACAAUCGAAUUACUAUGGUAUUAGAUGAAAUAAUUGUGAUAAUAUUAACUCAGGGAAGCAGCUGAAAGUUAUGCAAAAAUUGCAUAAAUUCACAAACAAUGCAAGCAUUAAACAUAAUGACUGCGCAUGCGUACUGCACAAUAGUGUAUACAAAUGGACGACUACAUCAGCUACGAUACGUAAUCAUGAAAUUCCCUGAGCAUAGUAAAGGUUUAAUUCGCAACGCGAUGCAACAGCAAGUGUAUCAGCCCGGUACAAACCAACACAAAUUGAACCGACAGACUCAAAUUAUGGAUCCUUACGGAAGGACAUACAGAAACAAACUACUACGACUGAGUAGUCUAUUCAUUAACAUCAUUUAAAAUGAAUUCAUGAUACUAACAAUAGUAGAGUAAACUAAAUAGUACAGUGAACUAAGUGAAUCAAGUCCAGUGAAAAUUAUGAUGUGUUUAAAAGCGCAAGUGCUUUUAUAAUUGCACGACGAUACAGUAGCUACGAUAUAAACAAUACUGUCAUUGAGGGUUACAAUGAACACCAUCAGUAGACAGUAAAUUCCUAUCAGCCUUAAAAAACCCUCUAUGUUGCCAUAUAAACAUACCCUUUUCGUUUUUCAAAGCCACGGACAAAUACUGCCGCAAUAUGUCAGCCUUUGCAUGAAAUGCCAUUUCUGGUUGGAAGGAAUGUGGUAUAGUUCGAUCUACGACCUGACAUACACACACGACGGAAACGCAAACCUCAUCACGCAGGAAGCAGGCAAGGUCAUGAAUCCGGGAGCCAAUAGCCCCAGGUGGUUGACAGGAUAGAUCGUUCGUGCCUAACUCAAGAAUUAAUAUGUCAGGCUUAUAACCCUUCAACCACUCUAUAUCGUACGCAAAAAUUUCAUCUACAGUCCGGCCGCCUGUGCCUUUCAAGGAAACAUGUCCUGAAGUUCCCUGCUGGCUAUUUGUGCUGGGAAGCGAAGCAGAGAAGAGACCUCUGCCUAGAUCCGACACGUUUUCUGUCGCGCAAGUGCAAAAAUUGCCAUGACAACGAGUGAUGUUCACCACAUGGUAUCAAACCGGUUAUUGCGGGAGUAACUUGGUAAUUCAAAGACGUACCGUAGUUUGAAGGCAAACAAAUGAUCUCGGCCCGAUAAAACAGAAAAGAUUGCUUUCUUUUGUUCUGUCACUGCUUUCACAGUUUCAUCUUUGAAAAUAUCAUGAAAAACCUCGAAAUGACCACUCUGUGCAAGCCGCCAUUUUGACACUACGGGCUCAAUGUUAUCACAGCGUAAUUCAGCUCUGAGCAUGCGUACUAUUUGUUUCUCUAAACCGGUUUCAGAACUUGUUUUACAAACUAGUUUGACUCGUCCACGAUCAUGGACAGAGGAAGUGUCAGAUCUAGGCAGAGGUCUCUUCGCUGCUUCGCUUCCCAGCACAAAUAGAGACCUCUGCCAGCAGGGAAGUCCUGAAGACGCCAGAUGAAAUUCCUACACGCGUGCUUCUCAAAAUCCGAAUUCAAAUCAUCGUUUAAGCGAUGUACGAAAGAGUGGCCGAGUAUUAAAAUGUUUGGUAUAAAGCCUGACGUAUACUAUGCAAACUAAUUAACAAAGAAAUUUAUUAAAUAGGCAAAGCCAGAAUACCUCCGAUCCAACGAAAUUCUUGUAUGAAACUUGAAGACGUGACGAGCCAGUAGCUUGAGAAAAAUCUCCUCGUCGUGACUUGUGAAGUUUUUUAUAUAGGGUCACGUACUAUACCGCAUGCAGUUCAUGAUAAAAAUCUUACUGUGAAAUUGCAAAAUGUAACAACUCUUUCCCGUAAAAUACAUUAGGGCUACUAAUACCGGUAAAACCAGUUUGGCCUGAGGCUUUUUUUUCGUGACAGGGGAAAGGAACAGGACUCUCGUCCCAAUUGACACCUAACCCCCAAAAAGACGUUAAAUAUAAAUACAGAUAAAGAACAAGCUAUAACACAUUAGUUAUAACAACUUAUACUAGCUAAGGUUUGAAUCGUGACAAUAAAAAUACUAGCUGAACGUUUACACACUGCGACUUACCCACUAUGCAGAUUAGCUUAAAUAAACAAAUAACAUGGAAUGGGAAGCAAUAAAAUUAUUAUUCGCGGAGGCAAAUAAUUUCUUCAUAUAAGUGCCCUCCAUGGAAUACAUGGGAUAUUUGAAAGAAAAACCACCAAUGUUUCUUCAAAACGAUUCGGCAUUAUUUGAAACUAAGAAAUCAUGCUUUCUAUUUCGUUCCUUAAGCUGCUUUCCAGUUAAGCGUUUUUCAUACGUGCGUAUACCGUAAAAUGAAACUUUCUCGUAGUUACCCAUGCACAUACACGUAUGAACAAUUAAAAUUUAAAUGGAAACAGCCUUCACUACAUGUAUUUAAAUUCUUAUGAGAAGUUUUUCAGACUUGCUUUCACUUUCGCGAAUCGUUUUUAAUCAGAAGUAGAGAGUAUUCAAGUAACCAAUCAGAAAGCAUGCAUGGUUCGAUCUUGCAUGCAUGCAUGCAUGCAUGCAUGCAUAUACUGUAUAUUUGAGGAAGUUUAGACAGAAAUGAUACAAUUAAUCCAACACAGACAGUUAUGAAUUUAGCUUAGUUCGAAGAUUUUUAUUACUUUGCAUUCACCUGCCUUCAUAUAUCAUAAUUAUCAUGUUGAAUUUUGUCCUGUAUUAUUUGUUUUAGCUCCAGCAGAAAUUAUCUGGUUGAAGAUUGGUUGGCCUUGGAUAUUUUUCUUGCUGACACUUGUUUUUCUAGGCGUCGCCAUUUUUAUCAGUCGUUUGAUUGAUAGUUUGAAACCAGAAAUAACGUUUGACCACGAAAACAUUCAUGUGGCACCGUCGAAGGGGGAGUGGCAAAUUAAAGCGACAUGCCGAGCGUUUGCAGCUGAUCAGAUUGAAAAGUGCGUUUGGAAACAGUUAGAACCAAUUCCAGGGAGCGUUGAAGGUACAGUCAUACAGGGUGGGACCAAGGAAUGUCUCAGGAUAUCCUCGAAAAAAAUUGAUGCAUCCCUCAAGAACUUAAAAAUCCCCAACAAGCAUGGAAAGUAUAAAUUCGAAUUAACCUGUAUGGAUAAUUAUAAUCGCACAAAUACACAACAUUUUUUUGUCAUGAUCGGCGAGAAGCCUUCUCCAAUAGUUUACGACAUUAAACAUCAUUUGAACGUUUCGAUAGAAUUUGGCUCUGUACAACUUCGCGCAAAUUGCCGACCAAUGCGAGGUUACAUUGUUGACAAACGGUGGGAAUAUGUUAGCGGUCCUCCAGAUGUAGGCGAGAUCAAACCAUCUAAAGAUGGUUAUAUUAAAUUUUCAAAAGCUGGAAUUUACACAUUUGAAUAUAAAUGUAAGGACAACUAUGGUAUGGAGUCACAGUCAAAUUCUACAGGUUCGAUCGUGAGGGUGGCUGUGAAACCACCCUAUGUUCUUGGCAUUGAUCUUGGUACCUCCACGACAUGCGUUUCGUACAUUACCGAAGACGGAAGGAAAGAAGACAUUAAAUUAAACGGCGACGAAGAUGAUGAAGUUUGUAUGCCAUCAGUUGUAGCUUUUGCUGAUAAUGGAGAACUCCUGAUUGGCAAAAAAGCAUUAAAUCAGGCAGUCAUUAAUCCUUUGUCAACGAUCUACGAAGUGAAACGUCUCAUGGGACAAAACUUUUACGACGUUGACGGCCAUAAAUUUGUUUACCGAGUGCGUCCGACUUUAAAAUCUCAUUCGUCAAAAGGUACUCGAGCUGCUAUUGACAUACCUUGCAAAAGAUAUAAAAGUAAGUUAAUACAGCCGGAGGUUAUCAGCGCUUUAAUACUUCGUCAUGUGGUCGAAAUUGCGCAGACGAAACUAGGUGUAACUAUCAAAGACGUCAUGAUCAGUGUGCCGGCGCAAUUUGACGAUGCCCAGCGAAAAGCGACGAUGGAUGCUGGCCUAAUAGCGGGAUUAAACCCACAAAAAAUCGUUAAUGAACCUACCGUAGCUGCAUUUGCAGCUGCAACUUUUAUAGACGAUUUGCGCGGGACAGAAGAUGAAGCCGAAGUACCGGAACCAAAAGAUACAACAUCUUCUGUUGUGGUGGACAUCGGAGGUGGCACUAGUGACUUUUCCUACAUGCAAAUCCGUGGUUCUUACUACAAAGUUAUAACCACGGAUGGUAACAAGACUCUUGGUGGUAGGGACAUAGACAUACGAUUGGCGGACAAAAUAUCAAAAAUAUUUCAAAAAAGUAUUACAGACCCCGGGGUAGAUUUAAGCAAACCUGAGUUUCAGCAAAAUCUCCGCAUCGAAUGUGAAAAGGCUAAAAGAGCAUUAAGCAAGAAAGAUGAAUAUACUUUGACGGUCGAGGUUAACGUUGCCGACCAGGGUACUACACCUUUACACUAUCCUUUGACUCGACAUGAGUUCGAGAAUGUUAUUACGGACAUCUUGAAUGACAUGAUUAAGCCGUUAGAUUCUCUAUUAUCCCGUGGACACAUAACAAGGAAACAUGUCAAGGACCUUUAUCUUGUUGGUGGAACAGUUCAUAUUCCAAAAUUACGGCGGUUACUUAAGGAAUACUUUCCGAAUGUAACGCCUGAGAGUACUUACUUCAAAGAUCCAGUACAGGUACUACCAAUAGGUCCUUUUUUAUCUGAAAAUAUAUGUCGGGUAGCCAUUGCUAAUUAUAUUUACGAGCUAAAAAAUAAUAGGGUCAUGUCUUUCUUUCGUACCCAACAACCAAACUCUUGCGUUUUUAACGGCAAAAAUGUAGUUUCUUUUGCUACGUUGCAUGAGUAUCCCAAUAACAUCAAAUAAGAGAUGUAGUAUAUAUUUUAAUAUAAUCCAAGUACAAAAACCACUGAAAAACAUUAUUUAGAAGCAUGUUUUCAGUGAACUUAAUUUGAAACCAAAACUAGAUAAAUGGAACGCCGUAAAUGUUUAGUAAAAAGUUGUUUAGAAAAGUUUAGAAAAAACUGAACUUUGGAACUUCAUGGUUGACACGCAUGCGUAUUGCACCCAUUUUAUUAUUGACCGGUCAAUAGAUGUUUGAUUGCGGACCGGUUGCCGAACAUGACGUUUUGUGGACCAGCACGUGACGCGGUUUUGACCAAUCGGCAAACAGAAAAAUUGAACUUUGGCACUAACUAUAUAACAAUAUUUGCUUACUUUAAUAGAGAGAAUUACAAGAGGCCUGAUUUUACGAUUUGAAUUUGACAUUGAAUAGGCCGUUUGGAGGAAUUGGUGAACCCAUUUUCCUAAAAACGAGAAGCUGUGCCAAAAUGAACACCAGGGAAAUGAAAAGAGUACCUCGAUAUUGGUAAAAGUGCAAAGUUUUAGCUUGUGAGAUAAAAUAUGGAAGAAAUGGCGUUGAAAUUUGAGGUUGAAAAUGCUCUUAAAAUAUUUGUAUAAAAAAAGCUUGGAUGUCGAGGCAUUAUCCCAUACAAAUCCUAUUUCUGUUUUACAUUUUCAUAUUACAAGCUCGAACUUUACACUUUUACUAAUAUUGAGGUUGUCUUCGCAUUUCUGGGCGAUCAUUUUGAUACAGGUUCUCAAAGAGAGUUUCUUAAUUCUAACAGAGAGAAAAAAACCGUUAGCCAUGCAUCACACUGCAUGAUGCCUUCGACAACCAGACACUAACAAUUAGCAAUUACCGAAUGAGGUUGAGUAUGAUACAAAGAAUAAUUAUAUGGCUUUUCAAAAUUCUCAAUUCUGAUUGGUUGACAAGCGGUCCGUAAAAACCCAUAUCCGGACCGUGGACCGUAUUUUUCGUAUCUGGAAUGGUGUCCCAGAUGUUGUUUAUCUGGCGGGAAUUUUUUGCUUUGCAAACAGAAAAAAAAUUUGCUUUUUAAUUUUCCAAUUGUGCUUUACCUGUAAAACAAAAUUGUUUUUGAUUGAGCGUGCAUGCCCACCGUAUAUUGUUACCCAGUGAAACUGACGAUAGCCGAUUUAAUUCGCGCGAAAAGCAUAUGCUCACAGACUCAGUUCAGCCAUAUAAGAAACCGAUUAUUGACCUUGCUUGUUCGGUCUGUACUGUGAAAUAUCGGACCUCUAUUUUUUGCAUGGACCUCGCUCCUUCGUCGCUCGGUCCAUACUAAAAAACCUCGGUUUGAUAUUUCACAGUACAGACCUCACGCUCGGUCAAUAAGCCGUUUUUAUCAAGUUAGGAGUUUGCUAAACUGAGGGCUUGAGAAUUCUUAGCUUCAUAUAUGGCAAAAACCGUUAAUUCAAUAAUUGUUUUAUUGUUUGUUUAAAAGAUGAAAAGACAUUCGCACCUUUGGGAUCAAAUCGUCGAAAUAAUGACCAGUUCUUUUUCCCAAAUCAUUUAUUUUUUCUUCCAUAAUGUCUUAAGAUGCUUUAAAACCUUUCGUGGCUGUCCUGUCUUGGUCGUGACUCUGAGCGCGCAAAGGAUGAUGGGUCAGUAUUGCUUAUUUAGACUUAUAAAUUUUGAAAUUUGGCUUUGCAAGAAUACCUACGACAUAUAGAAGACUCACGACAGAAAACAUACUUGCUGCAAAGGCAAUUCUCUGAGUUUAAGGGCCUAAUAGCUGAAAACCCAUCACCCCUUACGCGCUCUGAGUUUAAGGUUUAAGGUUUUGCAAGGACAACAUUAAUUGAAUCAGCUGUAUAAAUCUAAUCCCCGAGCACACGCAUGCGGUGGUAAGAGGGUACUACUCAAACAAUCCCACACCACCGUCGACAAAAAUUUGGGAAGUUUCUGCUUCCAUAAUUUGUUCCCUCCCGUACACUUAGGGGAAUAAAUAGUCUGUAAAGACCGACACCCAUCUUAUCUUACCUCGUAGGGUGUCAGUCGAGGAGCGGCAAAAUUUGGAGCGGCAAUUGGUGGAAUAGUGAACGCAACUUGGCGGCCACAUGUGGAUACAAUACCGCUGCCUAUUAAGAUUGUGGUUGAUCAUGAAAAAAUGCACGAGGUUUUCGCACGUAGCCAACUGUACCCGUGCUCAGCGAAUGUAAGUUUAACAACAUACACAAACAGCCAGACAGCGAUAGUUAUCCAAGUUUAUGAAGGUGAGUGUCACGCAACAGCAGACAAGUGUCAGUUCCUUGGCGAAUUUAAACUAUCGGGUAUACCACCACACCCCAAAGGCGUGCCAAAAAUCAACGCAAUUUUUACUGUUAACAGCAACGGCAUUUUGAGUGUUACCGCGUCAUAUAAAGGCGGGAAAAUGUCAGUAAAGAACGAAAUGAACUUAGAUGUAUAUUCAAGGACUGGUAGUAUGAGUGACGAGAAAAUUGCGGAGCUUUCGUCGCUCGUGCGUCAACUUGUUUCACCUGAUUCUACGGAUAAACCGAACUUACCGAAGUGCUCACUGUUAGAAAAUAUACCACCCAUGACCAAAAUUCCACCUGAACUAAACAAAUCAAAUGUACUUAAGCUAGCAGUGAAUUCUGAG